AUGGCCACAGCGGCGGCCGCAGCCCCGGAGGAGCCGCAGAGCCUCCCUGGAACUUCCGCUGAGGCCGCAAAAGAGAUUCCAAGCAGCAGCCCAGCUCCAGUUGUGAAGAAAACCAUUGGCCACCGCGGAGUGGAUCAGACCGGGGAGACCGUUUACAAAAAGACUCCGUCGUGGGCGCUGCAAGGCGCCAUCCAGUUGGGAAUCACGCACACGGUUUGCAGCUUGGUACAGAAAACUGAGCGAGAUGUGUUGCUGCAGGACUUCGAAGAGGUGGAGAGCAUCUUCUUCCCUGGUGAAGGUAGCAGCCACACGCCAGCGCACCAUUACGGAGAUUUCCGGUUCAAGACUUAUGCGCCCAUCGCGUUUCGCUACUUCAGAGAUAUGUUUUGCAUCCAGCCUGAUGACUACAUGUGUUCUCUGUGUAGCGAGGACCUCAUCGAGCUGUCCAACCCGGGAGCCAGCGGCUCGCUUUUCUACCUCUCCAAUGACGACCAGUUCAUAAUCAAAACAGUGCAACGCAAGGAAGCCGAAUUUUUGCAAAAGCUGCUUCCUGGUUACUUCAUGAACUUGAACCAGAACAAACGGACCCUUCUACCCAAGUUCUACGGUCUCUACUGCAUCCAAGCGAAUGGCAAGAACAUCCGCAUUGUUGUCAUGAACAACCUGCUGCCCUCUACGGUUCAGCUGCACCUCAAGUUCGACCUGAAGGGCUCCACGUAUAACCGUCGGGCCUCUAGUAAGGAGCGGGCCAAAAAGUUGCCAACCUACAAGGACCUGGACUUUCUUCAGGACAUGCCGGACGGGAUGCUGCUUGACGCUGACAUGUACAGUGCCUUCUGCAAGACCGUUCAGCGGGACUGUCUGGUGCUGCAGAGUUUCAAGAUCAUGGACUACAGUCUUCUGCUCGGGAUUCAUGAGGUGGAUCGAGCCGGGGAAGAGACUGCGCAGACAGAGCAGGCAGCGGAAAGGAGGAAGCCGCAAAACCAGAAGUUCCUGUACAGCACGCCCAUGGAGGCAAUACAGGCGAAAGCCAGGGACGCAGGCUCACCUGGAAGCCACGACCCCACGGGAGGAAUUCCAGCCAGAAAUUCCAAAGGGCAAAGACUGCUGAUAUAUAUUGGCAUCAUUGACAUUCUGCAGUCUUACAGAUUCAUCAAGAUGCUGGAGCACACGUGGAAAUCUCUGGUUCAAGACGGGGAUACAGUGUCUGUGCAUAGACCGGAUUUCUACGCCGACCGAUUCCAAAAGUUCAUGUGCAACACAGUUUUCAAAAAAGCCCAAUUGAAAACGUCACCCUCCAAGAGGCGCCACAGUACUCUAAGGAAAUCCGACAGUGCCGCAGCUCAGUCGGCGGAACAAAACAGCAACCAGAAUCAUAAUCAGAAUCCAGAGCCCGUUGCAAAGGCCGAUAAAACCUCAGAGGACAAAGAGGAUGCAGGGAAAGAUAAUGGUAUGAACUGGAAAAAGUGA